AUGACUAAAAAUAAUGAAAAACUAAGUAAAACUAAGGUUACUUUGGAUUGUCUCGAUUAUGCUGUUUUAAUUGAUGAAAACCAACAGAAAAAAACAGAAGAUAGUGAAAGAUGUCGUGAUGAUGCAAUACGCCAUAGUGAUGCUAGUUUUAUUGUACAACAUGAUAAACAAUACCAGAAAGAUCUUUCUUCAAAGCACGUAACAGCUAAUUUAGUUAACGCUGUACAAGAACAACGUUUUCAAGAAAUGAUAGAAAGAGGCGAAACCCCACAGUGUACGACGGACGAUGAACGUGAAUCAGUUAGUGAAGAUAAUGAUGAUGAUGAUGAUGAAGUUGCUGAAAAUAAAUUGAAAGAUGAAAAUGUUCAUGUACGAUCAGUCGUUCAAACUGAAAUUCAAUCAAAAGUUGAUCUUGAUAAUACAAAAACUAACGAUCUUACGGCUAAUCUUGAUAAAAUUAAAAAAAAAUUAAAUUUUUCCAUUUCGAAUGUUCAUCGAAAAGAUCAAGCACAAGGCAUAACUAAAAAUAAUCCAGUUAGUGAACAAGUUUUUGGACUUGAACAAGAAUAUGCUUUACAUCGCCUUGCUCCAACUACAACACUUAUUACAACAACAGAAGCUGUCAGUGUAAGUCAUGCUGCAGAUAGUCCAGUAGUUUGUAAAACAACAACAGAAUUUAAGCCAUCAAAAUCAACAUCAUCAUCAUAUGCUGAUGCUCAACAUCGUUAA